AUGUCUUUUUUCUUCAGGCAAGAUCGAGACUCCGGAAAAGACGGGAUGGAUGAGUCUCAUCAAAUACGCACGCCCGAAGAGGCCGUGGCCAGAAUCGCCUACCUCUCUAGCGACGUCAUCCUGUCCGUCCAGCCGUCGUUGGCCACCGACUCGGCCUUCUCAUCUCACCUCAAACGAUACGCCAGACGCAACGACCGUGGGCUGGUUGCCUCUGGCCCAGAUGCCGUACCAGAGAUCCAAUCAAUCCGUCAGAAUGCUGACCCGCUACUCUCCGUGUAUACGCCGGUUCGCUCGGGCAAGUUGGUAUCCAUUACUGCGACGUCGACCAUUCUGUUACCUGCAGUCUCCCAUCUCUAUAAGCUGGUCAACUACCCUGUUGUCCUCCAUGUAUCGUUGCAGCGACGGCAACAUGCGGACUACUCGCCUAUUACAGCCAUUCGAAACGCAGGCUGGACGUUCUUGCAGUCCGAGACUUUGCAAGAGGCCCAAGAUAUGGCCAUGACCGCCCAUGCGUUGGCUGUGCGCACGGGCAAGGCUGUGCUUCACUUUUUUGCGCCAGAAACGUCUGCUGCUGACGAGCCCAUAGCGAUUGAGGAUACAACUGUCUUGAGGGAUGUUCUGGACAUUGAGAGUGUCCGCCGCUUUCAAGCUGGUCGAGUUUCCACGGCAGGCAUCUACGCAGACGAUGGCCACGUUGCCGUCUCAUCUGAUCGCCCAGAAACCGUCGUCAACGGUAAUGGCGGCAGGAAUGCUCCAGUACAGCCGCCGCCCAGCGCGGAUGCCUCUAAAGUCACCUCGGCCGGCACUUCUAUCAAGUCCAGCGAGGCGUCUACCCCCAUUGCGCCUUCUUCUGUAGCAACCACGGUAGAGGCAGUGCCGCCUCAGGUAACUUCAGAAGACAUAUAUAUCUGCGCCGCCCGCGUCUGGUCUCAGAUAAAGAAUGCACUGGGUAGAGGAUAUGCCGCGUUCGAAUACACAGGCCCUCGCAAAGCCGAACACUGUUUGCUCAUAUUCGGUUCGAACACAGCUUCUUUUGCAGAAACGGUGGAUAACGCCAAGGCGGACGAAGUAUUUGCCAAUGUGGGCAUUUUGACCCCUCGCCUAUAUCGUCCAUGGAUUGGCUCGAAACUUGUCGAGUCUAUUCCCGCCACCGUCAAACGGAUAGCUGUUCUUGAACAAGUCCACAGAGCAACUACGAGAUGGGGGCCCGUCUUAGUUGAUGUUCUGUCAUCCGUUAAUCGCGGCCCCGGUGGCGUGCAGGUUAUAGUCGGGUACCAAUUAGGAUACAUCACACCUGAAACAACGACGCAAGCCCUGAGAGGCAUUAUUCAGAAUUUGACACUGGAAAAGCCUGUCCAGAAUCUAGAGGUCGGAGUUAAGGCAGCAUCGGAGCACCCUGCUGAAUAUCGCUUGAAUAGACCACAACUCGAGACGGCUUAUUCCAAGAUCCUAGAUCAACUUUUUGGAAACAGGGCUUAUAUUUCUAAUGCUCUGACAUCUAGCAACACAGGCGUUUCUGAGUCUAUUUCAGCUAGCCCCGAGUUUGGCUUUGGGUCACUCUUGGCGCGGAAAGAAUACCGAAGCAAGUUCAUUUCCGAAGUCAAGGAUGCAGCAAGCCAUGGGACCUUCAAAUCAGAUGAGCCAAAGAGUUGGCUGGCUCGAUGGGCCAUGCAUGCUAAUGAUGGGCCCAAAGCGGCGGAUAUCGGCGAAGAUGUCAUUGCAAGACUGGAAGCUGAUGGCUCUCCUCUCGCCCAAAAGCUCCUCGCCAGAAGCGGUCUUUUCCGCAAAGAAUCCCUGUGGCUGAUGGGCUCAGACGCAUGGGCAUAUGACUUAGGAAACUCUGGAGUUCAUCAUGUCCUCGCAUCUGGCGAAAAUAUCAACAUGCUCAUCAUCGAUUCUACGCCUUUUUCGGAAAAGUCUGCGGCUGACUCUAACCGAAGAAAGAAGGAUAUAGGUCUAUAUGCCAUGAACUUUGGCAAUGUUUAUGUGGCAUCGACUGCUGUGUAUAGCUCGUACACCCAAGUACUUCAGGCAUUGCUCGAGGCGGACAGGUUCAAUGGCCCUGCGGUUGUUUUGGCUUAUCUCCCCUACUUUGGCGAAUCUGACUCUCCACUCACCGUCCUUCAAGAAACGAAGAAGGCUGUAGAUGUUGGCUACUGGCCUCUGUAUCGAUGGAACCCGGACAAUGAAAUUAACGGCGAGCCAAAUUUCUCCCUGGACUCGGAAUUGGUGAAGCAGGAAUUGAAAACGUUUUUGGCUAGGGAUAAUCAACUCACCCAGCUCAUGAAGAAAGAACCCAAGUUCGCUGCAAGUUUGGCGCAAGAUUUCGGAAUCGAGGUACGGGCCCAGCAAAAGAGAAAAGCCAAGGACGCGUACAACCAAUUACUGGAAGGCCUUCUCGGCGCACCGCUUACUAUUCUUUUUGCUUCUGACAACGGGAGUGCUGCUUCUGUGGCCAAGCGUCUCGGCAAUCGAGGGAGGGCACGUGGAUUAAAAACGACGGUGCUGGCUAUGGAGGAUUACCCCCUCGAGGAUCUUCCCCGGGAGGAGAACAUAGUCUUUAUAACGUCCACUGCUGGCCAGGGCGAGUUUCCCCAAAAUGGCUUGCCGUUCUGGGACGGCAUCAAAGACAAGACAGAUUUGGAUCUUGCGACAGUCAACUUCUCUGUGUUUGGCCUGGGCGACAGUCACUACUGGCCUCGAAAAGAAGACAAGAUUUACUAUAACAAGCCUGCGAAGGAUCUCGAUCGCGUCCUGAGCAAGCUUGGAGGCAAUCGCUUCGUUGAUGUUGGCCUCGGUGAUGACCAGGAUCCUGACGGUUUUCGAACUGGCUACCAGGUAUGGGAACCCAAACUUUGGCAGGCAUUAGGAGUAGACAACGUUGAGGGACUGCCCGAAGAGCCGCCGCCGAUCACAAACGAGGACAUUAAGAUCGGAUCAAACUAUUUGCGGGGCACAAUUUUAGAAGGUCUCCGGGAUACCUCUACUGGUGCCAUCUCCGCUUCUGACCAACAAUUGACCAAGUUUCAUGGUACUUAUAUGCAAGACGACAGAGACGUCCGGGAUGAACGAAAGGCCCAGGGGCUAGAACCCGCGUAUUCAUUCAUGAUUCGAUGCCGACUUCCCGGUGGAGUUGCAACACCGAGACAAUGGGUUCAGAUGGACGACAUCAGCACGAGUCUAGGGAAUGAAACCAUGAAGCUGACUACGAGACAAACUUUCCAGUUUCACGGUGUUGUCAAGGGCAAGUUGAAGCCGGCAAUGCAGGCUAUUAACCGAGCACUGAUGACCACUAUUGCUGCGUGUGGUGAUGUCAACAGAAAUGUCAUGUGCAGUUCGCUUCCUACCGAAUCUCGUUAUCAUAAGCAAGUACACGCGUGCUCUCAGAAGAUUAGCGACCACCUUCUCCCUUCCACCACUGCCUAUCACGAGAUUUGGCUCUCAGAUGACAAUGAUGAAAAGACGCAAAUCGCUGGCGAGGCGGUUCAGGACUUUGAACCACUCUAUGGCCCAACCUACCUUCCCCGGAAGUUCAAGAUUACCAUUGCCAUACCUCCUCAUAACGAUACUGAUGUAUAUGCACAUGAUAUCGGGUUGAUUGCUAUCAAGGGAGCUGAUGGAAACCUUGAGGGAUUCAACGUUCUGGCGGGUGGCGGCAUGGGAUCGACGCACAAUAACAAAAAGACAUAUCCUCAAACUGGACGCAUGAUGGGAUUCUGCUCUGCGGACGAAGUUCACGUUGCAUGUGAAAAAAUAAUGCUGGUUCAAAGAGACCAUGGCGAUCGCAAAAACCGCAAGCACGCUCGACUUAAGUAUACAAUUGAUGACAUGGGUGUUAAUGCUUUCCGUGGCAAAGUCGAGGAACUUUGGGGCAAGACUUUUGGCAAGGAGCGGAAGUUCGAGUUUACAAGCAACAUUGAUACCUUUGGCUGGCAAAGGGAUGAGACUGGCCUGAAUCACUUCACAUUCUUUAUCGAAAAUGGCCGAAUCGAAGAUACACCCGACUUCCAAAUGAAGACAGGCCUGCGUGAGAUUGCCAAGGUCCACAAGGGAGAGUUCCGUCUUACCGGAAACCAGCACCUCAUUCUCAGUAAUGUCAAGGACGAGGACUUGCCUGCAUUGAAGUCACUGAUGAAGAAAUUCAAGCUGGACAACGUCCAAUUCUCUGGGCUGCGUCUUAGUUCGUCAGCUUGCGUUGCCUUCCCUACAUGUGGACUUGCAAUGGCGGAGUCGGAGCGAUACCUGCCGAUCCUCAUAUCCAAACUGGAAUCAUGCUUGGAGGAGAGUGGAUUGCGACAAGACUCCAUCGUCAUGCGCAUGACAGGCUGCCCCAAUGGUUGCGCCCGGCCCUGGUUGGCUGAAGUAGCGUUUGUUGGCAAGGCUCUUGGCGCAUACAAUAUGUACCUCGGUGGCGGCUACCAUGGGCAACGCCUGAAUAAGCUUUACCGCUCCAGCAUCAAAGAGGAGGAAAUUCUUUCCAUUAUGAAACCACUGCUGAAGCGAUAUGCUUCUGAGCGAGAGGAGAGUGAAAAGUUUGGUGAUUUCUGUAUUCGUGCCGGCAUCAUCAAAGCUACAACAGACGGACAGAAUUUCCACGACAAUGUUGCCGAGGAAGAAUCAGACGAGGAAUGA